CAGCCCCCAUCAGCCAAACCAUAGAUAGUUGGUGGUCAAACUCUGCUUUCAGUUGUCUGUUGCAUGCAGCUAAGAUUCACUGCUUAAAGUGUACAUGGAUAUCAAGUGUAAUAUAACAGUGGUAUUGGAGUCUGCUUGUGACUUCCAGUGCUCCAUAUCUUGGAAGGUUCGACAAGAUGACACUGUAAAGAAAGUGAAAGAAUUUAUCUUCUCUCAAGUUGGAUUUGCCGAGGACCAACAAGAGCUGACGCACACCGGGCAACUCAUGAAAGAUGACAAGAAACUUUCUAACUACGCUGUGUCCGAUGGCUCAAUCAUUCAACUAAGGCUCGUAUCCAACAAAGAUGAUAAAGAUGAGGCUGCUGUUUUUCGGAGGAACUUCUUCAAGUUGGCACAAGGAAUCACUGACCCUGGAGUGUUUGGUGCCAGACUUUAUGCUGCUUUUCUGGUAACAGCUGAAGUGCGGGACAAUGCAGCAAAUGAGAUUCAUCCACCUUGCAAACGUGUCUUACAACUACUAUCGGUAGUUGAGGCCCAAAUCAAGCUUUAUCCGGCACAAAACUUCCCUCAAUUUAUCAAAAUUCUUUGUGAAGAGAAGUGCUAUUAUUUACUGGCGACAUCUCUUUGUUCAAAACUAGCUGAAAAGUACAUUCAGGGAGCAGAAAUACACACAAGUGAUACGUCUAUUGACCCCCGACCACAAGAUGAUAAUGAUGAGGCUGCUGUUUUUCGGAGGAACUUCUUCAACUUAGCACAAGGAAUCACUUACCCUACAACGUUUGGUGAAAGACUUCAUGAUGUUGGUCUGGUAACAGCUGAAGUGCGGGACAAUGCAGCGAAUGACUUUCAUCCAUCGUGCAAACGUGCCUUGCAACUACUAUCGGCAGUUGAGGCCCAAAUCAAGCUUUUUCCGGCACAAAACUUCCCUCAAUUUAUCAAAAUUCUUUGUAAAGAGAAGUAUUAUUUACUGGCGAAAUCUCUUUGUCCAAAACUAGCUGGAAAGUACAUUCAGGAACUUGAAGCAGAAAUACCCACAAGUGAUGCGUCUAUUGACCCCCGACCACAAGGAGAAGGCAACUAUGGAGAAGUGUUCAAAGCUCGCAACGUGCAGACGGGGGGGGUUGCUGCUAUAAAGGUGAUGGAGGCCAUACUAGACAAAGAGGAUGACAUUAGAGCAGAGUUAAACGUUUUUGAGAACCAUUCCCAUCACCCAAACAUUAUCAAUUUCUACGGUGCCUUUGUGAAAAAAGAUUCCAUAGCAGAUGAUCAGUUAUGGAUUGUUAUGGAGCACUGUUCAGCAGGCUCGGUAACAGAUCUAGUCAAAGAGAUGAAAGAGAAGGGAGAGAGAUUAUCUGAAGACACCAUUUCUUACAUACUCAGAGAAGUACUAGCUGGUUUGUCUUACAUGCACUCGGCUUGUAUACUGCAUCGUGACGUCAAAGGACAGAAUGUACUUCUUACUAGCGAUGCUCGAGUCAAGCUCAUCGAUUUCGGUAUCUCGGCUGUGAUAGACAGUCCCACUGGUAAGAGAAGGACCACCGUUGGAACACCGUACUGGAUGGCCCCAGAGGUGAUAGCAUGUGAGUCUCAGAUGGACUGUGACUAUGACUCUCGUGCGGAUGUGUGGUCGCUAGGCAUCACGGCUAUUGAGAUAGCGGACAGUACACCACCUCUCUUCGGGGAAAACCCAAUGAGAGCUCUGCUCAAGAUACCAAAAAACAAGUCUCCAACAGUUCAGAAACCAUCAGAAUGGUCCAACGAUCUCAACGACUUCAUUACACAGUGUGUGCACAAGGACUAUGAACAACGACCCACCACUGUCAAGUUGCUCUCUCACAACUUUGUCCGUUAUGUGCCCAGAGAACCAAGAAUUAUUCGUCGUAAGCUGAUGGGUGUGAUAGACACCCUCCGACACAAAACAGAGUCAGUGCUCAAUGAGAGCACCACCUCCAUUUCCACUGUGGAUACUACCAAGAGGAGCCUGGCUACAGUGUCUACUCUUAAUACGGUGGACGAUCUCGCCACUCUGGAGUUCAUUGAUGAGAAUGUGAUAGUGUCCCAGCUGUGGAAGCGUUACAAGAGGAAGCUCAUCUACACCAACGUGGGGGACAUCCUCGUCUCAAUCAACCCAUUCCAGCAACUCGACAUAUAUAACGAGAAGUUCUCCUAUCUCUACUGCCACGCUCAUCAGAGCCACCUCCCUCCUCACAUCUUUGCGAUGGCUGGCUCAGCAUAUCGUGCGAUGGGGCGUGACAGUGUGAACCAGUGCUGUGUGGUGUCAGGUGAGAGUGGGGCGGGUAAGACGGAGGCAUCCAAUCUCCUAGUACAGCAGUUCAUGAAACUAGGCCGAUCCAAGACCAGGUCCCUCGAGGAGAAGAUACUCAAGGUAAAUCCUUUAAUUGAAUCAUUUGGGAAUGCCAAGACAAUUAUCAAUGAGAACUCAUCACGUUUUGGCAAGUACCUCGAGCUGCGGUUCACGUCCGAUGGUCAGGUGGUCGGGGCACACCUAUCGCAGUAUCUGUUGGAGAAAUCUCGUGUUGUAUCUCAAGCUCGUCGAGAGAAAAACUUUCACAUCUUUUACUACCUCCUCGCGGGACUGUCGGCUCGUAAGCAACUAAAGGAGUUUAGACUGAGCUCCAUCCACCACCAUCACAAGUAUCUGGAGCAUCGAGGAGGCACUCACAAAGUGAACAUGAAGAAAGAUGCUCUCUUCAAGAAGAAGUUUGAUCUGGUGGACAGUGCAUUCAAACUAUUUGGCUUUAACAAAUCAGAGUUUGAGUGUGUGUGUCGUAUACUGGCUGCAGUGCUCAAUAUCGGGGACAUUCGUAUCGAGGGACACACCCACUCUUAUCUGGGGGAGGUCAGCUCCAUCAACCAGAUGGACAAGAUUGAAGACGUGGCGUACUUGCUUGAUAUAUCCUCGGACAAGCUCCACCAAUCUCUCAUCUCCUCACAAGUGGUGACUCACGGUGAGAUCAUCGUCAAGCCCACCACCAUUGAGCAGAGCAUGGACACAAGAGAUGCUAUAGCUAAGGCUCUCUAUGGUCGACUCUUCUCUUGGAUUGUCAACAAAAUUAAUCCAGUCCUGGACGCACCCAAAGAUAGCUCUGCAAAGAUAGUGAAUAUUGGUAUUCUGGACAUCUUUGGCUUUGAGAACAUUCGAACCAAUUCGUUUGAGCAACUCUGCAUCAACGUGGCCAACGAGCAACUCCAGUUCUACUUCAACCAACAAGUCUUUGCUUGGGAACAGGAGGAGUACGAGAGAGAAGGAGUUGGGUUGUCUCUCGUCUCCUACAUGGACAACAGACCACUGCUAGAGCUACUGCUCACUCGGCCGAUUGGUCUACUGGCUUUGCUGGACGAGGAGAGCAAGUUCCCCAGAGCUACCGAUCUCUCGCUAGCUGAGAAGUUUCACAGCAACUUCAAGUCCUCUAGCUACUACAAGAAGCCGAAGGAUGGAGGUCCAACAUUCACUAUUCUACACUAUGCUGGCCCUGUGACCUACGAGACUGUUGGUUUCCUGGAGAAGAACAGAGACACUAUCAAGUCUGACGUUGCUAAGCUGCUGAGGGAAUCGACCAAUGAGAUUGUCCACUCCAUGUUCUACACGCCCCUCUCUCGUACUGGAAGUCUGAGUGCGGCAACAAAGAGGGGAGGUCCCUCAUCUGCCACGCCCCUUUUCAGCAGACGAGCUCCAUUUGGGAACAGUGGUUACAAGCUCCGCCUCCGUCGGCCUACCAGCCCUCGUGACCGCACCCCCCUCUCAUCCAGCGAGACACUCACUACCAACAGAGCUCAGACCGUCUCCACCUACUUCAUUAAUUCACUUAGGGAGCUCAUGUCAAAGAUGCUCAUAGGCAAAGCACAUUUUGUGAGAUGCAUUCGUCCGAACGAGAUGAAGAGUCCUGGUCAGUUCCAGGCAGACAAGGUCAUGGUUCAACUGAGGUACACCGGGGUACUCGAGACAACCAGGAUAAGACGAGAGGGAUUUUCACAUCGGAUUCCUUUUGACGAUUUCCUUGAGAGGUACAAGGUGAUCAGCUACCCACUGAGUGGACGAGUGUCCCCUAGUCCCACCAACUGUGUGCAGCUGCUCAUGCAGGCAGGACUGGAGAAAUGGGUCAUUGGGAAAACUAAGGUGUUCUUGAAGUACUACCAUGUUGACAGGCUCUCUCAGCUAUUGGCCAGUUAUCAUCGCUCGGCAACAAAUAUCCAACGUGUGGUGCGUGGGUGGAGGGGGCGGAAAGUGGCAGCUGUGCUGAGGGAGGAACGCAGAGUGAGAGCGGUUGUCAGGAUGCAAACUGUUGUCAGGGGAUACCUCGCCAGGAGACAUGCCAGGAGAAUGGUGGAGCAUAGGAAUCACUGUGCCAUCAAGAUACAGGCCGUUGUUCGUGGUUGGAUAGCUCGCUCUCGUUAUCUCCACGCUCUCCAUAGAAGACUAUUAGCAUCUCUCAAGAUCCAAGCUGUUGUACGUGGUUGGCUGGCCAAACAACUUGUCAAACGCCUCAGGAAAGAACUAAAAAAGAAGCAGGAAGCAGAGGCUCGUCGAAAGAGUAGUAUUCGCUGGAAACUCCACCAACGUGCCAUUGCCAGCAUUGAGAUAAAGAAAGCUGAAGAGCAAAGCAGCAAGCCAGCUGCCCCCAAGCUAAGAGGUAAUUCUUGUAAAGAAAGCACUGGAGAUUUGUCACAAGUAGGCACACCCACAAGAGCUAACAGCAGAUUGACUGCUCCAGUUCCCAACAACCACCAUGAAGAUACUCAACACAGAGUAACCUUAGUCCCUCCCAAGCAAUUGCUACAAAGCUCAUCUAUCUCUACAACCAGAAUGUUAUUUGAAGACCUUAUAACUCAACAAAGAGAGGCAGCCACAAGUCCUCAGAGGCCUAGGGCUCGUGUGAGAGUGACUCAAGCUAAACCCAAAGAUGGUCACCAUAGAGUCAAAGAAAAGAAACUGCGAUCACAAAAGAAUUCAGACUCUAUAUUUCAACAGCUACUAGUUAGAUUUGAUCCAUCAUCUUUUGUCAGUGCAAAUCAGCAAGUGCAAUCAUGAACUCUCUGUGUGUGUAUGAAUGUGUUUUUCUGUGAAUUUAAUGUAUUUUUAAAGGAUAAUUAAUUGCGGUUUUGGG